UGUGCCACUUUCAGGUCUCCUCACACACUGCUGGUGUGUUCCAUUUUUUGUCAUAGGGUGCUGGCAGAUUACGGGCCUCCCAUUGCUGCUGCCAGGCCCCUAAUCUGCCAUGGGCCCCUGUACCGCCUCCUCAUGCUGCUGCCAGGUCCAGAGUCUCUCAUGGGUCCCUGUACGGCCUCCCAUUGCUGCUGUCUCCAUCGCCACACUCUGCCAUGUGCCACUUUCAGGUCUCCUCACACUCCUGCUGGUUUCCAUUUUGUCAUAGGUUGCUGUAUGGCCUCCCAUUGCUGCUGCCUCCACCGCCACACUGUGGCUCCAAACACUGGUUUUGGCCCCGUGACUGGCCAAAUGAGUGAAGUGUGCGGUGAUUCUAAGAUCGACGGCACUCAUCUGCAUGUCAUACUGACUGACAGUAUUAUUUCUCUUCCCCAGCAGACUCCAAGGGCAUUUAAAUUAAAGGUACAGUGUUCUGCACUAAUAUUA